UACUAGCUUUAAAGGCAGCUAAAAACCUUCCUGUUAAGCCUAGCUUUCUAUUAGCUUCUGUUCUGCAAAUAUUUUUUAUUUGAUUAAUUUUGUUGUUCUUAUUUUUAUUUUAUAAUUUUUUAAUCUAUUUUAUUCUAUAUUUUAUUUUAAUAGAAAUGUCUUGUUUACUACUAUUUUAUUAAAUUGUUACUUUUUAAUUGUUUUAUAUAACUUUUUUUACAUUUUGACAUUUUAUUUAAUGUUAUUGUGAAGCACUUUGAGCUACAUUUCCAUGUAUGAAAGGUGCUAUAUAAAUAAAGUUCAUUAUUAUUAUUUUUUUUAAUUACAUACUUACUUAUUUAUUUACUUUAUUGUAGGUUAAAUGUAGGAUUUGCUCCCAGGAGCUGUCUUACUGUAACCGGUCCACCUCCACAAUGCUGAGGCAUUAUCGUGCCCGGCAUGAGAAGGAAGAAUCGGUUAACCCUCCUGUGAUCAACCCUGGUGUUUCCAGAAAGCAGGCGAUUGAUGAGGCUGUAGUGAAUAUGAUCAUUACAGACUGUCAGCCGCUUAGCCUUGUGGAAGACGUGGGGUUCCGAGACCUGCUCCAACUCCUUGAGCCCUCAUAUGUUCUGCCAAGCAGAAAGGCUAUCAAGACCAUGAUUAGCCAGAGGUAUGAGGAGAAAAAGGAGCAAGUUAAAAAAGAACUGCAGAGUGCAGUUGCAGUUAGCCUAACAGCUGACAUGUGGACAUCUAUCAACAUGGAGGCUUACCUGGCUGUGACCUGUCAUUAUGUUGACAGUGAGGACCAUACACUGUGUACAUCAAUGCUGGGAGUGCAACAAUUUCCUCAACAGCACACUGCUGAAAAUAUGGCCCAAGUAACAAAAAACUUAAUGGAGGAGUGGGCCGUAGCAGAGAAAGUGACAUGUCUGGUCACAGAUGCGGCUGCAAACAUGAUUGCAUGUGUCAGAAAGCUCCAAAUCAGACACACAAUUUGCAUUGCACAUUCAUUAAAUUUAACAGUUCGAAAAUCAUGUGACCAAAUUGAGACAUUCACUGAUAUCCGACAUAAAACAAGGCAGAUCGUAACAUACUUUAGAACCAGUACUACAGCCAAAGAGAAGCUGACACGAGUCCAGCUACAGAUGGGAGGACCAGUGAAGAAAUUAAUUAAUGAGGUGUCAACUAGAUGGAACAGCACUUAUUUAAUGCUGGAACGCAUUGUGGAACAGAAGGAGUCGGUGCUGGUAUCUCUGGCCUCUUUAAAAAGUGAUCUACCCCCGCUAACUACAGAUGAUUACAAAAUCAUAGAGGAGACACUCUGUGUGCUUGCUCCAUUUAAUCAAGUGACAGUGGAGCUGUCUGAGGAAAAAAAGAGUAUCUGGAUCAAAAGUAAUCCCAAUGCUUAAAAUGUUGCACCACUCACUUCAACGCAAUGUAUCAAACGUGACCACGGAAAUCGCUAUCAAUCUUGUGGAAAACCUUAAAAGAAGACUGCUAGAAACACUGUGCAACCUGGAGUCAUUAAGUGUAAUGACAAUACCAACACUGCUGGACCCUCGGUUCAAGACGAUGGCAUUCUUAAGUGUGUCAAAAGCCAAUGAUGCAGUGAAAAGACUCAAAUCUGAGUGUGUGGCAGAAAUGAAAAGUGCUGUACCGACACAAAUGGAAGAUGCCCAAGCUGGUCCUUCAACUCUCUAUGCUC